UUCAAGUUUAAGCCGAAGUCAUCCGGCCUUCACCUUCGAAAGAUUACCGCCAGCCAAUGGCAGAGCAGCCCUUCGCCGUGGGCGCGCGGGGAUUGGCGGACGGACUCUGCUGAUUACUCGGGAAACCACCUCGGUGAUUCAUGGUGUGAGAUGGAGACGCCGAGGUUCCCGCGCCGGGCGUAGGGAUUAGAGGCGAGCGGGAGAAGACCGUCGCCGCAGCCUAGGGGGCACUUCAGAGCAGCCGGCGCAGGUCUGGCGCGGGUGGGGGGAAGGAGAGGCAGACAAAGAGAAGGCCGAGGGGAGGCAAAGGUGGCGCCAGAUCCUAUGCAUUAAAGCCGGCGGCAGGAGAGAGGCGCUCGCUCGCGUUGCAGCCAGGCGGCCCCCUGCAGGAUCCGCGGGAAGCCCGACGCGGCGGACAAAGAAGCGGCUCGGCGCUCAUGGGGAAAGGCGGCGAGCAAGGCGGCGAGCGGGAGGCGCAGCCCCCCUCCUGCGCGUACACCUGGGAGGAGGUUCAGAAGCACAACCUGCGCACCGACAAGUGGCUGGUGAUCGAGCGGAAGGUGUACAACAUCAGCCAGUGGGUCAAGCGGCACCCGGGGGGGCUGCGCGUGAUCAGCCACUACGCCGGGGAAGAUGCCACGGAUGCAUUUCGAGCCUUUCACCCUGAUAUAACUUUUGUGCGGAAGUUUCUUAAGCCAUUAUUGAUUGGAGAACUUGCCCCAGGAGAACCCAGUCAAGACAGAGGCAAGAAUGCUCAGUUGCUGGAAGAUUUCCGUGCCCUGAGGAAGACAGCAGAGGACAUGGACUUAUUCAAAGCUAGCCCUGUAUUUUUUUCCCUUUGCUUGGGUCAUAUCCUUGUGAUGGAAGCUCUGGCUUGGUUAAUGGUUUCAUACUGUGGUACAGGCUGGAGCACUACCUUCAUCCUUUCCAUCAUCCUUGCAGUCUCUCAGGCCCAAGCUGGAUGGUUACAGCAUGACUUUGGACACCUCUCUGUAUUUAAGAAGUCUGUAUGGAACCAUAUAGUUCAUAAGUUUGUGAUUGGACACUUGAAGGGUGCCUCAGCAAACUGGUGGAAUCACCGGCACUUCCAGCAUCACGCCAAACCAAACAUCUUAGAGAAAGACCCAGAUGUGAACAUGCGGCAUCUCUUUGUCCUGGGAGAUACACAGCCUGUUGAGUACGGAAAGAAGAAGCUGAGAUUCCUCCCUUACAACCACCAGCAUGAAUAUUUCUUUUUAGUUUUUCCACCUCUCCUCAUUCCAGUUUACUUCCAUAUGCAAAUCUUCACGACCAUGUUCAAACACAAGUUAUGGGUGGACCUGGCCUGGGCCUUCAGUUAUUACAUACGCUACUUCAUCACAUACAUCCCAUUCUAUGGAGUUUUGGGAUCCUUGUGUCUCCUCACCUUUGUCAGGUUUAUGGAAAGUCACUGGUUUGUUUGGGUCACACAGAUGAAUCAUAUUCCAAUGGAAAUUGACAAUGAGAAGCACAGAGACUGGCUCACCGCUCAGUUGGCAGCUACCUGCAAUGUUGAACAGUCUUUUUUCAAUGACUGGUUCAGUGGGCACCUGAAUUUUCAAAUAGAGCACCACCUGUUUCCCACAAUGCCGCGCCACAACUACCACAAGAUAGCACCAUUGGUGAAGUCACUAUGUGCAAAGUAUGAAGUCCCAUAUGAAGAAAAAUCUCUUCUGAAAGCAUUCUCAGAUAUUGUUGGGUCCCUAAAGAAAUCUGGUGCACUCUGGUUGGACGCCUACCUCCAUAAAUGAAGAUCUCAAGGAGGGGGAAGGAGUUAGCAAUGGGCAGGGGUGGUGGGGUGGGAUCACAUGUCUGUUCUUAUUGUUGCAUUUCAGUCUGUAUCGGUGUACACAGUUUGAAGGGCAUUUCCUGUUAUUGUGAAAUUGAUGCUGGGGUGGGUUCGGGGGACCUGUUUAAAAUCAGAGAGGGUUUCAGAUUGGGGUACUGUCAAUAGAGGAUGAAUUGAAAACACUAGUCUUCUUAACACUUGAUGUCUGAACAUUGGCCCAGUAGGUGGGAUGCUUUUAGGGGAGGCAGAUAGGGGAGUGAAUAAGCAAAUUGGCAGAGACUCCCGUGGUCCCCUUCCUGAGACUUAUUACUAUAGUCCCAUCUUUAGUCUCUCAGGCGCUAGGUUCACAUGUGCAGCUUUUUCAGAAACAGUCCAGCUUCAGGCAGCUUCUGCAUCUGUUUGAACUGCAGAAAAAGAAUACAAGAAGCAUGGAUGGCCCCUUUAAAGAAAUAAGCUUAAAUGAACUUCGGUCCCAUUCCCCUGAAUAAUGCUGGCAUAAGAGAGGAUGGAAAGGCAAGAUAAGUUGAAUGAUAAUAAGAAUUACUAUUUGUGAAACACCUAAAAAACACAAAAGUGGAUGCUUUAAACAAUACAGAAAAAUACAGGCCCCACCUGAGGGCGUACAGUCGGAGACCAAAAAUGCCAGAAAUAGACCUUUUAAAAUAAUAAUAAUAAUUGCAGAACAAAGUAUUGUCACCCGUCUAAUGGAGAAUUCUCUUGGGGGAAAUUCUCUACUCUUCGGAGAAUUCAAAGGCACAGCUACAAGCAGCAAGUCUAUGGCUCAAUUCAGACAACACAUUUCUCAAUGGUGGUUUUAGAACUCCACGGUGGAGUUUUUACACCACUUUUGAAAACUAUUGCCUGGCGGGAAAACUCCACGCAGAAUAUCCAUGAGUUUCUACACAACCGUUGUGUGGCAGGCUCUGUGGACUUUUCCGUUGAGUUGACAUUUCCCACUGGCUACAGAGUUUCCUGGCAAGAGCAGCAAAAGGAGUGAGUGCUGCUCUAGGAGAGCCGCCAGGAUUUAUUUUAUUAUUAUUUUUUUGCAGCAAUGGCUGAUGGGUUACCAUCAGGAGGACCAGGGGAGAGUUUUCACACUGCGUUGACUAACAUGUUGUCUGAACUGAGCCUAUGCCUGUCUACACUGCUGGGGCUUUGCAUACAUGUGGAAGUGUGUGUUGGUGUGCACAUGUGUUUGCACAUGCGUGUGUUUCCUGACUUCUCCCUCUUUCUGAUUGCCACAAUGCUUCAACACAACAGCAUGUACUGAGCUUGCAUUGAACUUUCUGCAGGUCCGUUCCUAUUCUCUAUAAUGGGGCUGCACAAAUCUGUGCUGUGCCCAUUCACCAUGGAUCAGCGAGGCUGAUCCAACUGAGGGCUGUGCAUGCAUGGAAGCAGAUGUGUGCAUCCCUGAAUGGGUAGGGAAUCAUGCACAUAAAUAGAGGCUGCAUCUGUGAUUCACCAACAUAUGCAGCUCCAGUUGCAGACUGGAUUUCACAAUGGGCCACAGCAGUGGCUUCUAUUUAGCCUUCUCCUACUCUCUCCUGCCUGAACAGCUGAUUGGUGCUGUUUAUAAUCUCCAACCAAGGCUGUGCAUACAUAAUUUUGGACUGGGUCAGUAAUUUGGCAGCUUGCAUUAUCAUUCUGCCGGUAGCCCCAGUUUUCAUAAGGGCUUGGCAUGAAAUAGAAAGGCAUCUCUGCUGAAGACAGGGAUUUAUUUUAAAGAUCAAGAUUGGUUUCAGAGUCAGUUAUAAGAUUCUUGCUAAUUCUUGUAUACUAUUACCAUAUAGAACUGAAGUCAUCCAACAUAUGGGAUUUAACUCCCUUCUUUUUUGCAAGACUGCAAGAUUUCCCUUCUCUGUUACUAUCUGAAUGGGGUUCAGAUUUUUAGGACGUUUGCUUCUUCUAGUCCAUGCAAAGGGCUACAGAAGGGCCUGAAAACAGAAAACAUUUUUUCCAAGCAAUGCUGCCAGUAUUUGGACUGGAACUAGACUUAGAGUAGGCCCAUUGGAAUCAAAGGGAAUUCAGUCAAUUAUGACAUGUUCCAUUCAUUUCUAUGGCUUGUCCCAUUGAUUUCAGUGGGUUUUACUCCAAGUAUGUCUAAGGCUUUAGCUAGACCUACCUUUUGUUCCGGGGCAGAGGAGGGGAGAUCUCACGUUGGGAUUAACGCAAGAUCUCUGCCCCAUUUACACGUAAGGCGUAACUGCCUCAGGAAGAGAGGCAUCACGGCCACCAUUUUUUAUAUUUUAAAGAGAAUGUAGCGCACGAAUGCUCGUGUGCUAAAGGUAAGUCUUUUUUAAAAUUUAAUUUGGUUUCCCCACUCCCCCCACCCUAACCCCAAUAGGUACAUCCUGUGGAAACAGGCCAGACAUUCCGCAGUCUCCCAAGACCGCGGAAAAAGUGGGCCCAAAGGGGAGGGCUAUAUCCCGGGGCAAGGGAGGAAUAAUCCCUCCCUGAUCCCGGGAUCCCCUGUGCGUCAUCUGGAUGCACAGGGAUGAUCUGGGGGUUCACCCCGUCAUAUAGCCUGGUCUAGCUAAGGCCUUUGUCUCAAACCAAUCUAUUUCAUUUACCUGCCUGAAAGCGCAAGGGGUGUUUUCUAAAAAGUGAGAAAUGGCUUCCUUUGCCAUCUCCACUCCCAAGUAAGUGAGAACAAGCUCUCUUUGGCUUUAUAUCUGAUGUGAAAUUCCACAAUCCUUUCAGAAAUAUUUUCAUCAUCCGUUUUCUUUGAUAGAAGAUUGAGCAACUGUCAAUUAUUUGCAAGACACUUGGCACAAGGUUUGCUGGAACCCUAGAAAAAGAGAAAUGAUCAUGCUGGCCUUGGCAGCUUCAUCUAGUUGGUAGUUUAUUGUCUACAAAUGUAGGGUGACCAUAUGGAAAGGAGGACAGGGCUCCUGUAUCUUUAACAGUUGUAUAGAAAAGUAUUUUAGCAGGUAUCAUUUGUAUGCAUGCAACACCUGGUGAAAUUCCCUCUUCAUCACAACAGUUAAAGCUGCAGUAUCCUUCCACCUUUUUGGAUAGCUUCUUCCAUUCACCCAUUUCAAUAAAUGAGAGUGUUCACCCUGGGCUGCUCCAGAAAUGGCUGAAGAUAUUUCUCACCUAUCCAUACUGAGAGUUACACCCUUUCUGGGAGGACAUCUGCAUAGACAAAAAGUGACUUGAGGGAUCACAGAGCUGGAAACAAUUUAGUGGGGAAAGUUGAGGAGAUGUUGGUUCAAGCACCUAUUCAGCCAUGAUGCUCAAUGGGUGAGUCAUCUCACUCAGCUACCUUGGCCCACAGGACUGCUUUGAGGGGAAACAAUAGAAGAAGUCCAAGUAUACCAACCUGAGUUUGAAGGUAGUGCAAGAUAGAAAUAGAAUAAAUGUGCCCAUGUGAAUAAGCUCUCAUGGACAACCAUGUUUAUUCUUCUGAGCCAGCUCUGGGAUGUGUCAGAACAGUUCCAUGUGUGAAGGAGAGGUGAAUCUUAGGGCUCAUCUACACGAAGCAGGAUAUUCCACUAUGAAAGUGGUAUACAGUAUGUGUCCAUGGGCCCCAACAGUUGUCAGUGCACUUCAAUACCACUAUAAAGCGGUAGUGUGGCUCCUGCCUUUUAUAUACUGCAUUCAUAAUGGAAUAUCCUGCUUGGUGUAGAUGAGCCCUUAGUAGGACCUUUUCCACGAUGCAUCUAACUAUUCCAAAACUAUAAAUAAAGUGCAUUGUACAUUCACUCAUAUGACUUAAGACCAAAUUCAAAUCUCAAUGGACCAGGAGUGCAAAAGCACCUUAUUGCUGCCCACACACAGAGACAUUGUGGAUUAGCCCUUGGUGACUAGAUGUUAAUAAAUGAAAUUGCUAUUACUCCUAAUCUGCUCCUAACACCUGUCCAGUGCCUCUUGACUAUUUGGCUAGUAAUAUAAAAUCUUGCUUGCCGUAAUGUAUGUAGCUACCAUAAUGGUAGCUUUAGACCACACUCGCUCAGUAGCAUUUCUACUGUGAAUUCCAGAACAUUCCACAUUUUGUAAGCUUUUUGGAAUAGAAUAUAGGAAGUGAAUUGAAAUGACAUUGUGGGUUAACACAAUUACAUAUUGCCUUAAUCUCGGUGGGCAUGACCUAGGCAAGUGAAAGCAUUUUUAAGUCAUUGAUUUAAAUGUAAAAAAAAAUUCGGCACAUAAUUUAAUAUUGACUCCUGUAAGUGCUUAAAUUUGGCUGAGUCAUGCCAUCUGCCUCUUUCUGGUUCUGUGAAUGUAUUUCAUUUUCUCUGCUCUAGCAAGAAUGAGCACCAAAAAAAGUGUACUGUAGCAUCUCCUAUGCAGUCUUCCGAGCAAACAGCUCAUCUGAUCUAAAGUCUUCUGAUUUCUUUGAUGUUCUCCCAGCUUUGGUUCCUGAGCAAUGUUUUUCCCCUGUGGUAACUUGCAGCAAUUUUCUAUCUUUCUUGGAUCACCCGAGCUGACUAACCUUGUAUCCUAUCUUGCUUGUUUGCUUAGUUUGCAGGAGCCCUGGAAAGCUGGGAAUUCUUAAGUCAGUAGCCUUAUGCUCAUCAGCUUGGGGAAAGUUUUAGUGUAUUGUUAAAAGUCAGAUGUCAAUAAAUUGUGCUGCCAAUGUCUUUGGGAAAUGGCAGUUGCAUCUUUUGGUUAGCAUUAUUUAGAACAGACUUCCCCCAAAGUGGUGCCCUCCAGUAUCCAUGCUAGCUGGGGAUGAUGGGAAUUGUAGUGUAACAAUUCCCACCAUGGGAAUUCCCACCAAUUCCCACCAUGGUGCCAGGUUGGGGAAAGCUGAUUUAGAACAAAGAACAAUGUUACUGGGACAAUCCAGAGAUGCAUGGGCCAGUACUCAGUUGUACAGAGAAAUGUUUGAAGUGAAAAUGUAACAAGCGAUUAAGAGAAUGAUCAUAGAUUCUCUUCCUCCCUUGACUAAGACAAGCCCAAUGGCUGCUUCUAUUGAAACCAUUCUUGUUCAUGAAAAAGCAAAAAAAUAAAAAUAACUAAUUGAAAUAAACAUUAGCUUUUGCAUUUGGGA